AUGGACAAAAGUGCAGCUGCAGCAUAUGAGAAAAUAGACAAAAAAGUGGCUGAUAAUCUGGAGGCCGCUCGUGAAAUUCUGCAAAAUUUACGAGAGGAUGCCAAAAAAGCGGAGCCAAGAGCCAGGAAACCAACUAAAAAGCCCGUGGACGGGGCUUUGACACCAAGAACUAAAAGAAAUCUGUUGUAAGUUAAGAAAUGGAAUGAUUGUAAAAAGUUUGGAGAUUUUUAGGGAGAAACCGGAGAAGAAAAAUCGACCGGUCGGAUUCAAUGAAUCGAUGAAACCAUUGGCAAGUAUGGAGGAUUUGUAAGUUUAGAUUCAAUUCGAAAAAUAUCCCGAAUAAUUGAGCCUGAGUUCCAUAAAAUCGAGAAAUCAGACAUAUCUCGUUUCUGUAUAUUAUCUCACUGAAGACAUCUUAUCAUGGUGCACUUUAAUUUUUAGAAUCAAAAAUUAUGAAUAUAGUUCCAUACAACUUCAUAAAAAAUCUUUGUAGGCAUCGCACCAGAGAACGAAGUUGUCCACCAGAUUCACUAUUUCCAACUGCAUCAUACAAACCGAUGUCGGAAAGAUCUAUCGAUGUACGAUUUUUUGAUUGAGAAAGUUUUUGAAAUUAAAAUUGUUCGAAUUUUUAGCUUUGUAAUCAACGUCUUUCGGCAUUCUCACCAAAAGUCGUUUAUUCGAAUACGUCACAAAGUGAUUCGACAAGCUAUUCAACAACAUCAACAACAGCAACUAUUACAAGAUCGGACUCGAGUAUUGAUAAAUUGUGAGUUAGAGAUUGCCUCUAAAAUUAUUAAAGCCCUGAUGGAAUACCAAAGAUGCCCUAUGUUUUGAAAUAUCGUAUCACAACUCCCACUCAAACUAUUUUUACAGACUUUCGAAAAAUAGAAAAACGUACGAAAUGUUCCCAGCGGCCUCGUUCAAACCUGGAAAAGGGAAAAAUCGUGUGAUUCCGCUUUCUACUGAAUCGCUCAAAGCGACUUCAUCAUCUUCAGGACAAAGUGUUGAUUCAAUCAGUAUGUCGCAAUUACCAAUGACGUUUUUUUCAACUGACGGAAAGAUGAAAAUGCUUUUGGCGAAAAGUGAUGGAAAUGAACAUGUUGCCGGGUUUUUGGCAAAAGUUAAACCGAAUAAAGAGGAACCAUCUUUCCCAUCAAUUCCGGUUCAACUUGCAAGUUCACAUAAGGUAAUUAAUUCCCUUUAAAUGGUAAUGUAUCAUAAUCUAAAAUAAAUUUAGAUCAAACCACCUUGCCGUAACAAGUUCAACGCUGUUGUCAGAAUUGGAAACACAACUUUGGAUAUUUCGGGAAUCUUCAACAAGAAACAAUUGAACGUUUCGAGUGUUGAAAAACUUGUGAUUAAUGGAAAAACCUAUGCAAAAUGA